GCCAUAAAUUGCUUCGCUCCGAAGUUUAAGCUAUAAGCGAACACAUCACUUACAGGGCCCAGGGGUCCAGUUUAACUGUUUUCCCGUCUCUGACUUGGCGACUGGAGUAACUGUUGGGCCUACUCUCCCCACUGUUGGAUGUUGGAAAAGAGGCAAUUGUUUCGGAUUAGACGGUAGAGAGCAAAAUGGCGACUAAUGUUGACAGCGAAAAGAAUCCUAAAAAUUAUUCUUGUCAACAUCAUGCUAGAAAUCUAUUGAAAGCUUUGAACGAGAGUCGAAAGCUACCUUCAUUGUGUGACAUUAUCGUCCUAAUCGACAAGACAGAAAUUCCUGCUCAAAAAAGUGUAUUAUCGGCCGCAAGUCAAUAUUUCAGAGCCUAUUUUAGUUAUGAAGUUAAGACAGAGAGUUUGAAAACUGAAAGAGUACGAGUUGACUUAACACCACUGGAGAUUAGUAUUGCAACAUUUCAAGAUAUCUUGGAUUAUAUUUAUACUGCUGAAAUAACAUUAAGUACUGACAACAUUCAAGAUCUGUUUCAAGCAUCAGAUUUAUUGUUGAUGUCUGAUUUAAAGAAUUUAUGUUGUGAAUAUUUAGAACAUUGUAUUUCACCUGUAAAUUGUGUUGGUAUUCGAGAGUUUACUGCUCGUUUUGCUUCUCCCUGGGUACAUUUUAAAGCUACACAAUAUUUAGAUAAAAACUUCAGGGAAGUGAGUAAUGGUGAAGAGUUUCUAGGGUUAGAUGUUGAUAGUGUAAGAGAAAUCUUAAUAAGGGAUGAACUGAAUGUAAGAGGUGAAAGUGAACUACCUAUUGUACAGUGUAUAUUACAAUGGUAUCGGUAUAAUAGACAGGAAAGAGAAAAUGAUUUAACUGAUUUAUUAAUUAAUUGUGUGAGAGCCAGCAGAUUAACUGAGGAUUGUUUUACUACAUUACGCUAUGAGGACUGUGGUCAAUUGAACAUUACGGAGUUCUUAAGAAAUUUACAGUCACAUCCUAGAUUAGAUGAACCAAGGGGGACUACUGCUGUCAUUGUGGUUUGUGGUGGUGAAGGCUAUGUGUCAAGGAAUGAAGAUACUGAAGUAGAAGUUAAACCAUGUUUGCGAUGUGUUAAAUUGUAUAAAAAUAAUAGUGUAAAAGUUGGUAAAUGGAUUGAACUAACACCAAUGUUAACACCCAGGUCAAGUCAUGGACUAGUUGAAGUGGGUGGACUUAUAUAUGCUAUUGGUGGGAGAGAUAACACUUGUCGUUUGUUAAAUAGUGGUGAGAAAUAUAACCCAAAAACUAAUGAGUGGACAGUGAUAGCUCCUAUGAAUCAUGCUCGUGUUGGAUUUGGCUUAGUUGCUAUAGAUCAUAAUAUUUAUGCUAUUGGGGGUAGUAAUGAUAUGACUGAUCCUAUGACUUCUAUGGAGGUCUAUAAUACAUUCUCUAAUGAGUGGCAAUCACUACCAGAUAUUACAAUGAAAAAAGUCUGGUCUACUUAUGCAGCUGUUGAUAAAAAGAUUUAUGUGAUAGCUGGGGGCAUUAUUGGUAAGUUUUAUGAAGCUGUGGAAUGUUUUGAUUCAAGGACACAAACAUGGACUUCAGUAUCACCUAUGAGAGAAAGAAGAUGUGAUGCUCGUGCAGUUGCUGUUGAUGAUGAUAUCUAUGUGUUUGGUGGGUUUCGAAGGAUUGAAUGUCCAAGUGCUAUGCAUUCUGGUCACAGUUUGAAAUUCUGUGGUGCUGAAGUUUAUUCUACUACUAAUGACUAUUGGGUACCCAUAUCUAAACGUGGUCUAGAACCAGGUAUGUGUAUCAUGCAUGAUAAAUCUCAUGUAGAGGGAACAGUAUAUGAUGGAAAUGAGAUAUUAGCUAUUGGGGAUUUAGAUAUUGGAACUGGGUCUGAUUGUAUUCGUGGAUUUGAUCGUUAUGUUAAUGAAUGGAGAACUGUGGUACAAAAUCAACCACCUAAUCAAAGAUGUUAUCAAUGCUGCUUAUUAAAUAUACCAAAUUCUACUUUUGCUAAAGUAUUAAAACAGCAAGCAUCCACACCUACCUAA